UGAUUUUCUUUAGCUGGCAAAAGCGCGUGAUUUUGAACAACAAGAUGUCUGCAAAGUGGAGUAAAUAUGCGGCCUUUACUACGUAGUUUUUAUGGGAUUUUGGCAUGGAAAUGACGUUUGUUGUGGACGAUGUUUAAGAUCGAUGCAUCUCGCAGGUAAUCAUUGGCUAUUUAGUUAUGCUGUCUCUUCGAGGACUCUUGAUCGCAAGGAGAAAUGCUCAGUUUCGACUGGCGACCGGGAUUUAUAAAACUCGAUCUCUUGCGUUUCCGAUCGCCAAUGUUUAGUACACUUUCUGAGGCUAAAUCCUUGCGUUUUUGAUAGUGUAUAGUGUAAUUACUAUAUCGAAGCGAUAGCUUUGGUGUUUUGUUGACAUUUUUCAGUGUCAAGUGACUACGUGUAACGCUAGAUGAAAAUCGUGUCUGAAUUGCAGACUUGGAGUUUCAUCGGUUCCCAUUUCGACGAUCCGGUCGUCAGUUCGCUUCUUGCAUUUGUUGAACACUCUCUUCUUGUGUCUGUAGUUAACACUUAGACAUUAAUAAACUUGUCAGCCAUUCUUGUUAAGAAAAAAUUUAAACUGUUCCCGAGCAUCGUAUGGAAAUUAACAUGUUUACCAAAGAAAUCUUCAGGCUGCGAUUGCCUCGAUCUAAAAACUCUUGCAAAAGGGUAGUGACUUUUCAGUCUUUUGUUAUAAAAUAUCUACUAUCGUUCUUUAUACUUCAGUGACGUUAGUUUUAGACGUCGUUAGAAAGUAUAAAAGUAGCAGUAAAUGUGUUAUUUGCCGAUUUUCGCUGGUUAAUUUUAAAAGUUAUAUUCCGUUUAGUAAACAAUUGUUUGUUUGCGAUAUUUUAGUUAAGCUUAGUGCAUGGACAAUUUACACUCAUUCAGUGCAUGAUAAUGUCCGAAAAGAUAAGCUUAUAUUUCACCACGCAAAUGUUAAUUUCACUCAUCCGAAACCUUAAAUUAAUCCUGUACAUUUUACACAUUCCGGCGUUAUAUAUUUCAGCAUUGGAAAACGAUCAGACAGUCAACAAGAGAUAUUACUGUUUUACAGCCAGAUAUACGAAUUAUGUAGCUGACCUGUUGUAUAUUUUUAACAGUAAUCAUUUUCUUAAUACAGCAUACUUUUUGACCAGUAACUCCAGUUUAUUACUGUGAGUAUUGAUCCCCUUUUGGGAUUUGCAAGUGUUUUUUGUCAGUAACAUUCACUAUCUAACUGUGUCUUACACACCAGUGAGUAUUCCAUGUAAGAUGCGUGAAAUCUUGAAAUGCAUGAAAAUUUGUAAAAUAAAAAUACAAGUGGUUAAGUUUUGGGGGCUGAAAUUCAAAGAAAUGCUUGUUUGAAACAGUUUUCAUCAGAGCCCUUUUUUGGGGGGAGGGGGGGUUGAAACAAAUUAACUUCUAGUUUCUUGUUUUUACCAUAACCUGAGGCUAAGCUAGGGGAAAAUGAAGGGGUUUGAAUUUUUUAAAAAUAAAGUAGAAUUUGAACUGAAAAAUGUGAUACUGGUUUUCACUUGCAACACAAGUACAAGUGUAAGAGUCUUUAUUCUUUUUCACCCUACAAAAUGCCAACUAGAUGCAAUAAGCCCUAGGAUUUCAGGGUAAUGAUCAUUUCUGGUACCAUCUUGUUACUUUGUUUAUAAAAAAAAUAAAAUUCCCUUGUUGUCCAAGAGCAAAAGUAAGGCACCAGAGCACUGCUAGAGCAUAGCACUGGUUCCUUACUACUGUCGUCCGAAGGGUUGAUUUUGAAUUUCUCAUGGAUGUGUAGUAGGCAUAUAGUUUACUAGUGGAUGCUGAUGUUGUUUGUCACAAAUCUAACGUGAAACAGCUUUACUACUCAAAACAGUAAAAUGCAUGCUCUGUUUAGGCUAUAUUUUUAUGUUACAUUCUGAUUUAUAAUCUAGAAGAUUUUUUCAAUUUUCACUUGACAUUUCUACAAUUAAAUGUGAUUAAAAUGUUCACUUUACAGUAAAAACUGGUUUUUCCCUUACUUCCAGCUAUUUGCUUCGAGCUCCCGAUAACUCAGACUUUUUUUGAUUUCCCUUGAGGGUUCAAGUUAUUGGGAGUCGACUGUACCACAAUCAGGAACUUCACAAAAUUUAGUCAUUUCAAGAGUCAGUUGACAAAUCACCUUAAAACUGAGGCAAGGGCAAGAAUGCAUUAUUAGUGACCUUUCCACUAGGUUCUCUUGUUUUUUGGAACUUCUCGUUUUAUUAUCAUUAUUUUCAUUGUCCAUAGUUUUUCUUUUCACUAGUUUUUCCUGAAUUUUUGAAUUUACCAUUUUAUUAUCAUUUUUCUGUUCAUAGUUUUAUAUUUAUAACCAAUUGAUGAGUUGAAUAGUAGGUUAGGUGGUGUAGUAGUUAGUCACAGGUGAAAACACAUAUUUUUAGUUUAUGGAUAUACUGUGAAUAAACCAUUUCUUAGCCUUUGAAAACAGCCAUUUCUCCUUGCCCUUCGCCACGGGGACAUUUCGCGCAGAGGAACGUCUGCGACUCAGCAAAAGAAAUUCCAUGCUGAUGACGUAAAUCAAUGUUUGCAUAAUAUAUCUGGUAGUCAUGGGGUUCCACAUCCAAACUUCUUUAAUUUUACCUUUCUCCUGGUUGAUUUUACUAAAGUGUUGUGUUCAUCUGCGAACGAGCUCCAGCAGAACUCAAAUGCUUCAUCUAGAGAAGAAUAUAUUCCACCAAUUUUGACUGUUUUGUUAGAGAUUCAUCGCGUUUACAUUCGACCUUCAUGGCCUUUUGUCUUUUGUCUGUCAUUCGUAAACAAUAGCUAAAACAAUGUAACUUCUCCAUCGACCAAUCAGCGCAUCUGACCGGAUUUUACAUCAUCAGUAUGUCUCUGAGUCCCAGGCGUUAUUCCUCACGAAAUGUCCUCAGCGGCGAAGAGCUAGGAGAAAUGGCUGUUUUUGUAGGCUACCAUUGUUAUUAUUGUUAUUAUUAAAUGCUGUAAGUUGUAAAAUAUAGGACUUGGUCUUUAUUUUUUUCGGCGUCAAACUUUACCUUUGUAUUUUUGCCUUCCAUCUCCUUAUUGAUUACUCUUAAUGGGAAAUGAAAUGACCACCACUAUUUAGAACGUGAGAAGGGCUGUGACUGGGAUUGGCAGGCUUAACACAAACACCCUUUCAUUUAUCAGUGUGCAAAAUCAAAUUUUUCCAUGGAUUUUCAAGGUAUCAACAUCUUUGUAAUCAAAACCUAGCUUUACAUUUUAGUAAAUAUUCUUGUUCAGUAUUCUCAUGUUCAAGUUUUUUUUAUUCUGAAUAGGAAACUUUAACUUUUAUGGAGAAAAUAAUUACAGUCAAGCAAGAGCCUAUAGAUGAUGCCUACCCUACACCACCAUCAACUACGAGCGCAUCUGUGACCACUACUGUCACAACUACAGCAACAGUAACUGUUCAAAAUGUAACAACAAAAACUACAACAGCACCAACAUUAGCUACAGGAACAAUAACAUCAGUGGCUGCUGCAGCUGGCAGCAAAGCUUCUGAACCACAGAUAUUCUUUAUACAGCCCAAACCAGAAUUGAAUAAAACACCAUGUUCCGUGGGAGCUGUUGCUCAAGGUAAACUAGGGACCUUACUAAACUACAACAGCGACAGCAAGCAGAAUGUCAAAAAAGCAAUAAGUUUAAUGAGCAAAACAACAACUCUGCUUGUGCAUCAUGCUUUUUUGUACAUUUCUUUGCUGUCCCUGCACAGCUACGAUGUGAAAUGGCCAAGUUUUAAGUUUACUUGAGAAUGGGAACAGCAAGGCGAUGAAUUCUGUCUGAACCCGGGCGUGGUCUCCUCUCUUCAGUUCCACCCCAAAUUCCCCUCUUUUAAGUAACAGGGCAAAUUGGGAUAACUGCAAAAAAGUUUAAAAGGAUGCAAAGUCUAUUUUUCAGUGACGUUUUUAUGUGCAUUGCCGUUGUCGGAUCGUAAGGUCCCUAAUAAGUCAACUUCUUGAAACCCCAUCUCUUCAACAACUUUCAGCCACACAAAGACAGGAGUAUUUUGCUAAGAUGUUGUCCAAGAAUUCAGCCAAAGUUGUCUUUUUUUACUUUGCUAUGUUUUGGCCUCACCCUAGUGUACAGGUAAUACCAUAUAUACAUGUAUAUAUUUUUUGCUGUAGGGAGCAGCAUUUUUUCAAAGAAAUUUUGCAGGAUAUCCUAAGCCUGUUGUAAGUUCAGGGUACAUCUUAUAACCAAGUACUGUAUCUUCUCAACGUGCAAAGAAAGUCAUGUAUGAUAGCCUGGGGCUAGUGGAUUUUGCUAUUGGGCUAGUGAUUUUUGUUCUUAACUUGCCCGACAGGCAAGUGCUUUUGUGGGGGGAAAUUCAUAUUACAGAAGGAUUGUAAUCAAUCCUGCUAAUCAAAAAGGGUUUUAGGGCUAGUUGAAAUGACUUGUGGGCUAGUACAUGCUAGCUACAGCUUGCCCAAAUGGCAGGCUGUAAAACUGACUUUCUUUUCACCCUGCUUCUGCCUACAAAAUUUUUUAUUUAUUAUUCUCUUUCAGGUGCUGCAGGCACAUCAACCACUGUCAGGACUGUAACAACAGGUGGCCAAGCCAAACCACCUCUAGUAGUUAUAUCUGGUAGUCCUAUUAAACUAACACCUUUAUCAAGACCAGGCGGAACUUUAACAGGGGCGCAAGCAAGCACUGGUACUGGGGGCAACAUUACAUGCACCUUGGUUCACGUCCAACCAUUUAAUGCAACAACAAAACAAAAUAUUGCCCCAAAGGCAGGGGGCUCACCAAGCAAGCAGGCUGUUCCUGUGCAACUUCAGAAAAUUGUACCCAUAAGUGUAGCUGCCACAUCUCUUGCAAAGAUACAAUCAGGUACAGCACCUCAGUUUACAUUGGCCACUCCUACAGGCCCAGCAACAAGUGUGCGGCACAUUGCUCCCAAAGUAAACAUUGUACAGGCAGUUCCGAGUGGUCAGGCUGUGCAGAUAACACCGGUAGUCAGGAACAUUGCUCCAGCUGAAAAGCCAGUCCAAAUUCCUCAGCAGGUAUUGAAUUUGUUACCACUGUUUUCAGGGCUGUGUUGUAUUAAACAGCACCUAGAAACCUCCUGCAUAUAGAUGUUGUUCAUAGGCAAUAGCAAACCUAGGAAUUUUUUCAUGGGGCCUAGAACCUUGUAUACACUAUUAAAACUGUUUUACAGUUUAUCAUUUCAACCCCUUGCUUGAUGGGUGUAUAUGUGACGUGGCGGACCCCCAAGACCCUCCUGCAUAUAGAUGUUGUUCAUAGGCAAUAGCAAACCUAGGAAUUUUUUCAUGGGGCCUAGAAACUUGUACACACUAUUAAAACUGUUUUACAGUUUAUCAUUUCAACUCCUUGAUUGAUGGGUGUAUAUGUGGCGUGGAGGACCCCUGAGACCCUCCCUUUAAAUCUGUCACCAAUAUUGGUGACUUGAAAAGCUAAAUAUUGUGGGGAUUUGUUGACUGCACUUUCAUGAUUUUUUUGUACAUUCUUUGAGAAAAUAGGCUGGAUCUACAUGUACUAGCACACACUGACAAGCCAAUUGUGAUAGUUCAGUAUUUGUUGGUACAACAGCCUUGUUGGUCACACUAAAAUGUCAUCUUCCCAUACUUUCACAAAACAAGUUGUUAUAUUGACUCCUAUACCAAAUUUAAAACAUUGAAUAGCCAAGGGUAUUCCAAGUGACUUCAGCCAAUCAAGACGUGUGAAAAUUGCCCUCCACUGAUUUGGAAAAUUCUAAACCCCAGUGAACAAUUGUGAAAAAGUGCUAGAUACAUCCUCAGGGCCACUGCUUUUUCUCAUCAGCCUGUUUUGUACUGUUCUUGCUAUUGUUUUUGCAUGGUUAACCUAACUAGGCAUUGGCAUGCACACUGUAUGUAUUUUAACCAUUCACAUUUUACUUUUUCCCAGUUGGCACCAAAGCCACCUCAACCCCAGGUUUCAAAUGCUGCUCAACAACCAAGACUCAUUGUUCCGGCAUUACCUUCAAGCAUACCACAAAUUACUGGCACAGGAGCCACUGGCAACAUUCAGUUUCCACAUGGAGUCAUCAGUGGAGGUGUCGUUUACCUUCCUCAGGUAUGAGAGCUUUCAACCAGAUGCACCUGUCGAUCUCAAACAUUCAUAAUGAGCGCUUACCAUAUGGAAAUGUUGGUGAAAAAUUUCUGUCAAAUGGUCCUGGCAUUUUUUGGGGGCACCAAAAAGAGGAACGGGAUUGAGUUGUACCAUUUACAAAAUACUGGUAAAUUUUUCGCUUUCUCUCGACAUGAAGCCUGGCACGAGUAAUCCAAACAAAUGGUACUGAAAAUUUCAGUCGUUUUGGUAAAAACAGGAAAAGGUAAUACAGCUGUACCUCAAAAGGUAUUACUUUUUUGGGGGAAAAUUUCCACCUUAGUAUUCAUGGUGAUAAAUUUACUAACCUUCUGUUGAACUGUAUCACUAUAUUUAUUUCAGCAAGCUCUAGCCUCUGGAGGCUUUCCAAUUGCAGUACCUUUACAGGCCAAUACCCUAAAUACAGGAGCCCAACCAGGAUUAUCAGUUAAUGGGUAAGAGAGUCAAGGAUUAUGCCCUUACUGUAACUUAACUUCCUGCAAUAAUGCUUACAAAGGAGAGAUUUUUUGGGAAAAAUAAAUAUUAACUUGUACAUGUAUGUACAAACUAUCUUUGUAUUCAUGUACAGUUAAAACAGCUGUUAAUUAAGGCCUUUUAAAAAAAUGUUUCAUAUUUCUGCCCACUUCAUUUUUUGGGGCCACCUCUCUUAUUUUUAUUAUUUGUCAUUGGUAAAGUUGGAACAAACAAGAACCAACAAUAAUAUUUAUGCCAGAUACAAGCAAAAGAAAAAAAACAUGAGAGCUUUCAGGCAGGCUCCGUCAUAAAAGAUAGCAUUUCUUGAAUACUGAGUUUGAUUGAAUGAUCAAAUGCAAUGAUCAAAUGCAACCUACCUACCCUAUAUCGUAGGGUGCAUCAGUUUGUUGCUAAAAUAAACCAAAUUUGUGUUUAAUCAAUAUCUGAUGUUUCAUUUAUUGAUACUUGACCAAUGAAACUCCAAGUUAACUACAGUGGAACCCCAUUAAUAUGGCCACCAUUGGGCCCAAAAAAAUUGGCCAUAUUAAUGGUGUGGCCGUAUUAUCGAGGGAUUUUUUUACAAGAAAAUGUAUGGCAGUUUUUGUCAGGCAGCCAAAAAAAGUGGCCAUAAUAACGGGGUGGCUGUAAGGCAGGGUUCCACUGUACUUCUCUCUUAGGGAGGGUAAUUUAAAGAAAGCAUUCAAUUGAAAUGACACAAAAAAAAUAAUAGUGUCUGCUCAGUCUCUUUUUUAUAGAAAUCUGGAUGCGAGGCCUUUUCUUUUUUUACUUGGCCUGCGUUAAGUGGUGACCACCUACUUUGUGACAGUGUAGACUAAACUGUCAUCGGUAAUCCUAAUCUCCAGGUUGUUAUUACGCAUGCGUCGCAUGUAUGUAGCGAGCAUUCGUUUGGACUUCUACUAAGAAUGAAUGGAAUGCACAAAAUGUAAUUUGAUCACGUGAAUUUCCACCUUCUACCCCUCGUAUUUCUGAUCACACAUGUUUUGACCAUCUGUCACAUUGCAAAAGCGUUUGGACCUCCAAUCAUUGUCGCCCACACUCCCUAACCUUUGGUUAUUAGUAGCAAUAACUUUAAAAGAACCUCAGAGAUUCUCCAUUGUUCUCUAUAUUCAAUUCCUAUAGUGAUGUUGAGGAGAUUUGUUGAAUGAUCAGAACUGUUUUACUAGUGAUCAUUGUUAUGGGUUGAAGGGUUAACCAAGGUUCAAUUCUAUUCCUAUUUGAAACAAAUCAAAUCUGUUUAGUACAAUGUAUAAACAUUGGUUCAAGCUGAAGGUAUAAAUGAGGUAACUUGCCUUAUUUCUUACUGGUUACUUUUUUAUUGUUCAUAGGAGUUCACCUGAAUCCUCACCUCCCAACAGACCACGUAAGCCAUGUAACUGCACCAAGUCACAGUGCCUCAAACUGUAAGUCAAACUCUUUUCAGUGAUUAUUUACAAGAUGUAUUUUUAAUAAUAAAUUUUAUAAUGAGUAUUUCUUUUAAAAAACAAAGAAAUGUUUUGUGAAGUACGAAAAAAGGGCGCUGGCUCUUUGACUUUUACAUUUCACAUUCUCUCAUCCUCACUGCUUUGUCUUUUCUUUCCCAAUUUUUGUUUUGUUUUGGUCUUUUUUGUUUUGUUUUUUGUGGUGCUGCCUCCCUUUUGGGAAGGCGUAGUCAUCAUUCGUGUCGUGGCGUUAUAAGACAGGAUAACUCAGUAAGUCCGUAGGUUUACAGUAAACUUCUACAGGAAAGCUAAUACCACAAUAAAACAAACUUGGCUGGUUCUUGUUGUGGCUGCUUAUAAUAGUGGUUAAAAAUUACUUUGGGCAAUGUGUUUUGAUGGCUGAAGUAUUUUACAAUGAAAAUGGAAAGGAUUUGGACCAUUACAUGUAGCUUUAAAAUAAGUCAGAACAAAAAUUGUGGUUAGUAAAAGAACAUUUUUUCUAAUGUCUCACUUUGCAGAUGUGUUUGCUUUUGCAGGCUGUGUUGAGCACUUAUUAGAUUCACGUAUCAAAACGUUUCUAAAUUUUCCUGAAGGCUGCCUUCGAAUUUAUGUUAUGGCUUGAGUAGAUUCGGCCAGCACUUUCCAUCAGAAUAACAAAAAAUGGUUAAAUAGUUGCUUAUUUAGGCUAUUAAACCGAAAAUGUCAAUUUGUUAUUUUAUUUGCACAGAUAUUGUGACUGUUUUGCCAAUGGAGAAUUCUGCAGCAAUUGUAACUGCGUAAAUUGCUCGAAUAAUAUGGAACAUGAAAAGGAAAGAAGUAAAGCUAUCAAGGUGAGUGGAAAAUGACAGUUGUAGCUUGCAUUAGCAUGUCUCAGUGUGCCCAUUGGGGUAUACAAGUUCCUGUUUACAUGUGUAUUUUUAGCUUGUUACUCAACACGAGUGAAUCUUUAUCAUUUGAUUGGGGUUGCCACCACAUUGCAUACAUGUGUUUAUAAUAUAUUGAUUUAGCCAAGGCCAAAAGUGAAGCUCUCUUGGGAAUUUUUAAGAACCUUCUUUUUGAAGUAAGGUUUUCUGAGCCUGCAAUCUUGUGAAUACCAUAACUGGUAAGCGGAGAACUUUAGAAAACAUGUCACAUCAACAAGUUGCACACUCAAGCCCGUGAUACAGUCAUGUGACACUGGUAAGCGGAUACCCUACAUGUAUUUUGACAGCUGUCAGUUGAUCAUAACAUUGAUGUCCAAUAUGCAAUCAUGGUCUUUUAAGCUAGUUAGUAAGACAUUACACUUCCGCUAACGUGAAGGGGUGGAUGUAUGUACCAUGUAAGGACGAUUUCCAGAACCAAAAUCUCUUGGAUGCAUAGAUGGUCAGAUUUUCUUACCUAUGGUGCUCCGCUGCGCCAUCAAACCAUAAUGAUGAAAAGGAGCAUACAAAAACGGUUCUCCAUUAAUUAAGUUACACAAAUUCGAAGGAUAAAGGACAUUACACUGUAUAUGAUACACUGUACACUGUAGCACCCAAAUGUAUGAUGUAUUUUAGUCCCAUCGCUCAUUUAAAAUAGUUGUUGUGUUAUUUGUUGAUACUGUUGGCUUUUAUUUUAGGCUUGUUUAGAGAGAAACCCUCAAGCUUUUCACCCCAAAAUUGGGAAAGGAAAGGUAAUGGCUACUUUUAAUUAAGUUAAACUCUGUAUUUGUUGCCCAUAAAAAGCAUUAAUUUACCAGAAAUUUUAUAAAUGUAAGGCCAGUGUUGGCUUUACUUGAGCUGAACAUAAUUACAGUUAGGUUCAGCCUAAACUAUCAAGACUCAGUUUGUCUGCUGUCAAAUAAUCUUACUUAUUAUUCCACUAUUAUGUCAUUUUACCAUAUAAGGUCAAGAGAACAACCAAAAUACGAGGCCAUAAUACACCGUAGUGUCCUGGUCUAACCGGUUUACAACUGGGUGAAUACCGGCGGAUGCAAAAGGAGCAACUGUGGCUGACAGAAUCAGGAUGUUUUGGAUACUCUCAUUAGAAAAUAGAAGCCAAAAUACCAUUUUUCUUUUGCAGUAAAAUAAUUAACCUCUCAUUCAAUGGUUUGGCAUAUAAUACGCGCAAACAUUUUGCUAAUUGUUAACGUCAUUCUCACAGACAGAAUCAGGAUGUCUCUGAAUACUCUCACCAAAAAAUAGAAGCCAAUUGCCAGAUAAUUUUUUUUUUGUAGUGGAAUAAUAAACCUCUUAUUCGAUGGUUUAGCAUAUAAUACGAGCAGACAUUUUGCUCAUUGCUUGUAUUUUUCCUCGCCCCUGCGGGGCUCGGAAAAGUACUACGCAACUCACAAAAUAUCCGCAUGUAUUGUAUGCUAAACCAUCGAAUAAGGUGUAUUUAAUCCAGCAGUGAUUUAAAGAAAAACAGAGAAACCGGUCUCUUUGAUCAGCUGUUUUCUAUGGCAAAUUAAAUUGAGUUUGGUUUCUGUGGUAUGGGGUGUUUGACCCAGUCAUGUUCAGCUGGUUGCAUCUGGUUUGGUUGGGACAUUCUUUAUGCAAACUCCAGCUGAGACAUGCCGGAGUCAAUCUAAUCUGUGCUUAACUGUGUCUGCAUGCAUAUAAGGGGGUGGGUCAAAUGCCAUACUCCAUGUAAGUGGAACUCCAUAAAUCGAGUUAGGAUCAAAAUCUACGAUGACACGAAAGUAAAUAUAACAGAGGUCUUGCUUUGAAAUUGUGAUUCCUGUUCCUAUGAACAUUGACUUUUGACCAAUCAUUAACUACAUGUAGAUUUAUCUCUAGUUGUGUAGAACAACAGUGGAAGCUCAUGUAACGGACACUCUUGUAAGCAGACAUCUCUACUUACUGCUGCCUUCACAAAAACCCAUUCUUCUCAACUCCCAUACGAUCUCCUUAUUUUGACAUCUCUGUAAGCGGCCAGCUCCAGUUAUGGAUACUUUUUCACGUCCUAAAGGUGUCCACUCAUGAGAUCCUCCACUGUAAUGUGAAGCAAAAAAGAGUGAGGGAAACGAACACAAUUUUAUUGUUUACAUGUUGAAUGUUAAAACCAGGUGCAUAAAAAUAUUUUCUUCAAGUACAAUGACAUUUACAAUGUAGCCAAGGAGCAUGGCAAGAGUUCCAUUAAUUUAAUAAAUGCUGCUCUCUUUCAGGGUGAUUCUGACAGACGGCAUAAUAAAGGUAAGACUAUCCUGCUGCUGAUUGCUCUUAAAUACUUGAAGCCUUAUGUAGUCCAGUUAGUUACCACUCUUGCAGGGUCAGAUAAAAACUGUAAUUGCCUCCCUCGAAUAAUCACCCACCUAACCCCCCCCCCCCCCCCUUGACGGAAAUAUUUCAAAUAAUCACCUCCCUUGAACAAAUAACCCCCAACCCUCUCACCAUCUUUUGUUUUUUUUUGGCAAAUUAAAAAUCAACAACUUGGAUAACAAACAUAGCUGAAGUGGAGUCUGAUGCAGCAAAACUGAUCAGUGAUGAUUCAACCUCUGAUGUCUGAGGAUAUUGACAUUGAAAAUUAAUCAAGGAACCAAAUUUGGGACACUUAAAAUUAAGCCCAUGUUCAAUUUAUUUGAUGUGAAUAUUUUUUUUUAAGCAAUAUUUGUAAUGAUUGCCUCCCUCGGAUAAUCGUGUUCCCUCGAAUAAUCGUCCCCUUUUGGUGCGAAUAUUUAGUAAUAUUGCCCCUGGCUAUUAUUUGAGGAAAUACCGUAUUUGGCUAUUGAUAUUACUUGUCCUUCUUUUCUCUUUGAUUCUUCUUUCUUUGAUUUGCUCUGACAAAGGGCUGAUGCUCAGAGUACCAGCUUCUUUCCCAAGGAUGGCCAAUCUACAAACCACAUGUAUCUACUUCUUUUUUGACAGGUUGUCAUUGUAAGCGAUCAGGAUGCCUAAAAAACUACUGUGAAUGUUAUGAGGUAACACUUUUAACUUGCGAUCGGUUCUGAGUGUUGGCAGUUGAAAAGUAUUUUAUAUGGCUACAUCAUUAAUUUCCUAGAGGAGCUUUCCUUUAUUGAAUAGCAUAAUUGGAUAACAUUUUAUCCCUCCACUAAAACUAAUAUUUCACAUUUUUAGAUAAAUGGUAUACAGUUACAAAAGAUCAUCACCAUCAUUUAUUUAUUUCCUUGCAGGCCAAGAUUUUGUGUACAAAUCUGUGUAAAUGUACAGGAUGCAAGAAUUUUGAGGAGAGUCCAGAGAGGAAAACGUUAAUGCACUUAGCAGAUGCAGCAGGUGAGCUGAAAAGCGUUGAGUUUUGUUAUGUACAAGCAACAUAGAAACAGUUGUUUUAUGUUUUCGAAAUUUUGUAUUGAAAAUGCGCAUUGAAACAGUUUCACUAUUUUUCUUAUUCAUUUGUUUCUCACAACAAAAUGUAAGGAGAUAAAGCCUGAUUGAAAGAAUGAAAACGUUAUUUAGCUUUGCAGCUACUGGAGAACACUAAAAGUUAGAACUUAAGAAACAACAUAAACAAAUAAUUAGAUUGAAGGCAGAUUUUUUGUGGCAACAAAUGCCAUGAAAUCGCCGCUAGUUUACUCGUGUGAUUUGAACUCACACCUAUAAUCAGCGACAAAAUUGUUGGGACACUGUCUGGAGCCCUCUUCCUCUCCCAUGCUUAUCCAAAGGUGGCUUGGUUGUUAUUGCCUACAGCUACUCAAACAGCUUAAACAAUGGCACGACGCUGCCUAGACAAGGUGGAGAAGGGAAACCUUGCUUUUUUUUUCAUUUUGACGUUGAUGGUGUCGCGUGUUUAAACAGACCUUUGGAAAACCUUUCAUAGUGUACAUGUAUGCAUCAUCAAACUUUUAAUUUUUUGAUAACAUGAAGCUUGGUUUUUAUUCGAUAAACAUGUUGCUGUAUUCUCUUCAUGUACACUGUACUUCUCAUCUUGCAGAGGUUCGUGUAAAGCAACAGAAUGCAGCCCGAACUAAACUAGAGUCUCAGAUAGAAGACUUACCAUCAAGACCGACCUUUUUGACUAACACUGGGGAGAGGUUAGUACUUUGAUAUGAAGAACUGAGAACCUACAAUUUCCCAAGUUACCCUUAACAGGUUCCUAUUUAGGUUGUUAAAUAGGUUUCUUAUUUUCUGAAGGAAAAAAAUUCGUUGUAGCUAAGAGCAUUUAGUGGUAUUCAGCUUACUCCUGAUAUAAGAUCUGCACACCAUUACAUUGCAGUUGGAGUGAUAAGGCGCCUGUCUUCAAAGAGGAUCCCGAAUGUCGACUUUAUAUCUAUAUUGCCCAAUUGUACAUGAUGUUUUUAUAUAAAGAUCUUUGAAAAUAAGAACCUGUUUCAAAUUUUAUGCUCAACAGGUUCUUGUAUAGAGGGGGCCUAACUGGCAAAUUGUAGCCUAACAGGUUCUUAUGUUUGAUUUCCAUUGACGCGUUUUAACGCACGUAAAUUCUAAUCACGUAAAUAAAUAGAGGCAAGAUAAAAGGUGCUGAGCUUAAACGAGAAGGUGAGCGAGGUUCAACUUCACGCACGAACGUUCGUCAAGAGAGAAUUCUCUCUUGCGUUCGUUAAAUUACGCGGCACUGGAGAUCAACCCUUAGUCGCGGGUCGCGUCUCCUAUCGCGUGCGGGACUUUUCGCGACUCCCCCAAAUGGAGAGCUUGCUCGUAGGCUAUGAUUGCAACGCUAAGUGUUUAAUUUGAAUGAUGUACAACAUAGUUCUUUGUGCCAUAUUUUCAACAGGCUUCCCUUCUCAUUUGUCACUGAUGACGUUGUACAAGCAACUUGCCAAUGUCUCCUUGCCCAAGCAGCCGAUGCGGAAAAUGUAAGUUCAAUUUGUUUUGUAACUUUUGAGAUUUUAUACACAACAACAGCUGACUUACUUGACGAACAGAAGAGCCUCUGGGCUCUUGCUCUCUUCCUAUUAUUACAAGAAGUGAUUUAAAUUCCCUGCUGCUUCUGACUUGCAAGAAAAGCGAUAAGAACCUGCCUGGUCACUUUCGUGUACAACCAUAUCGAUUCCGCAAAGGUGAAGUCUUGUGCGUUCGGAAAUUCAGCUAUGUUUUAGUGUGGAGAAAACACUCCCAGACGAAUAUUUUUUUUAAAAAAUGUUACAUUUCUUUUAAUUCUGUCGCCUUAGACGUGCUUGCAAGUUGACAUUUUCAAGCGACGAAGUCGCAUAAACGACCCAGCCAAAACGGACUUUUAGAAACUGUUGUUACCUCUGACGAGAGACAAAGUUUGGUUUCCAUUUUAAACUGGCUGUUCUCCAGUCUCCUACACAGGCGUUCUUUGUUUCGUCACGCAACGAACUUCCCUUGGGGAGGAGCGUUGCGUUACAAGACAUAAAGCACGGCUACGUAGAAGACUAGCUGUUCUUAGUAUCUUAGCCCCUCCCAAUGUGGUAGCUUUGGUUCAUUGUUUGUCUCACGAUAGUCACUUCCCACCUCAGUAAUGAUAAAACUUUGAUGCACUUUUUUUUCAUCAUUAGGAGGGGAAAACGCCGGCUAUGAUCGAAAAGAUGGUUCUUGAGGAAUUUGGGCGCUGCCUUUUGUCAAUUAUCCACACAGCAAAUGGAACAAAAGGCGAGUUU